ACAAAGUGAGCUGACCUGUGGAAGCAGUUUGAAGUUUACGGUAAGGUCACUGAAUGUGAUGUGGUCAACAAUUAUGGCCUCGUGCAUAUGGAGAAGGGUUAAGAUGCAGAAGGUGCGCUCGCUGGUUUGCAAGACAGCAUUUUGGAUGGGGCGAAGAUAAAUGUGGAACGUAGUCACGGCAAGCGAGGUGGAUCUUGUCUGAUGAGGAGGCGUGUGGGGCGAUAUCGCGACGAUCCCGUUAUCGCCCCCGUGGCCCACCCCCUAGAUAUAUGGGCGCUGGCCCGCUACCUCGUAUGGGAAGUUAUGGGCCUGCCUGUUACGAUGGCUACGGAGGCCCCUACGGACCACCGCCACCGUACCGUGGUCCCAGAGGCGGACCAGGACACAAAUGCCCAUCAAAUGGGACAGCCACCGCCUGAUCGUCUAGAACCCGUGAGCCCACCGCGGGCACCUGGGCGAGAGCCUUUGCCCCUUCCACCGCCUGCAGCAGGUUAUCGUGGAUCCCCCAUGCCGGAUCUCGUCCCUCCACCCCGCGAAUAUCCACCAAAGGGUGCUCCUCCCCCUCGCCAAAGGUACCAUAAGUACGAAAACUACGGUGAGUAUGAUGACUAUCGUGAACCAGUUGCUGCACCUGCACCCAGGUUCAGCGAAUACUAUGACAACUACGGCAACUACAGUGGUGGGAAGGCGAUAGGACCCCUACCACUGGAGGGUAUGACGGAGGGUACGAUUAUGGUCACCAUGAUUAUGGUGCAGAUAACCGGUCGCCUGCCCCACCACGACGACUACGUUGUCAAUCCCGUUGGUCUGGCGAAAGAUGAUAUAUACAUCCGGAUUGAGAAGGCCAGAGCAGCAUUUGCGAGCCUACGUCAUCUGUGGUGUAGGCGUGACAUCAGGUUCUCUGUCAAGUGUCGAGUUUACAAUGCUGCGAUGCGCUCCAUAUUACUAU